CUCUCUUCUUCAUUAAACUCAUCUUCAAAAAUACCCUAAUCACAUUUUGUAACAAUAAUACAAUUACACAUUAAAACUCUCCGAAGAUGCCUCAGGCACCGAUGCCAGAGUUCUCUAGCUCGGUGAAGCUCAAGUACGUGAAACUUGGUUACCAAUAUUUGGUUAAUCAUUUCUUGAGUUUUCUUUUGAUCCCGAUCAUGGCUAUCGUCGCCGUUGAGCUUCUUCGGAUGGGUCCUGAAGAGAUCCUUAAUGUUUGGAACUCACUUCAGUUUGACCUAGUUCAGGUUCUAUGUUCUUCCUUCUUUGUCAUCUUCAUCUCCACUGUUUACUUCAUGUCCAAGCCACGUACUAUCUAUCUCGUUGACUAUUCUUGUUACAAGCCACCUGUCACGUGUCGUGUCCCCUUCGCAACUUUCAUGGAACACUCUCGUUUGAACCUCAAGGACAACCCUAAGAGCGUUGAGUUCCAAAUGAGAAUCCUUGAACGUUCUGGCCUCGGUGAAGAGACUUGUCUCCCUCCGGCUAUUCAUUAUAUUCCUCCGACACCAACCAUGGACGCGGCUAGAAGUGAGGCUCAGAUGGUUAUCUUCACGGCCAUGGACGAUCUUUUCAAGAAAACCGGUCUUAAACCUAAAGACGUCGACAUCCUUAUCGUCAAUUGCUCUCUCUUCUCCCCCACGCCAUCGCUAUCCGCUAUGGUCAUCAACAAAUAUAAGCUUAGGAGUAAUAUCAAAAGCUUCAAUCUCUCCGGGAUGGGCUGCAGCGCGGGCCUGAUCUCAGUUGAUCUAGCCCGCGACUUGCUCCAAGUUCAUCCCAAUUCAAAUGCAAUCAUCGUCAGCACGGAGAUCAUAACGCCUAAUUACUAUCAAGGAAACGAGAGAGCCAUGUUGUUACCCAAUUGCCUCUUCCGCAUGGGCGCGGCAGCCAUACACAUGUCAAACCGCCGGUCUGACCGGUGGCGAGCCAAAUACAAGCUUUCCCAUCUCGUCCGGACCCACCGCGGUGCUGACGACAAGUCUUUCUACUGUGUUUACGAACAGGAAGACAAAGAAGGACACGUUGGCAUCAACUUGUCCAAAGAUCUCAUGGCUAUCGCCGGUGAAGCCCUCAAGGCAAACAUCACCACAAUAGGGCCUUUGGUACUACCGGCGUCAGAACAACUUCUCUUCCUCACGUCCCUAAUCGGACGUAAAAUCUUCAACCCAAAAUGGAAACCAUACAUACCGGAUUUCAAACUGGCCUUCGAACACUUCUGCAUUCACGCAGGAGGCAGAGCGGUGAUCGACGAGCUCCAGAAGAACCUACAGCUAUCAGGAGAACACGUUGAGGCUUCGAGAAUGACACUACAUCGUUUUGGUAACACGUCAUCGUCAUCGUUGUGGUACGAGCUUAGCUACAUCGAGGCUAAAGGGAAAAUGAGGAGAGGCGAUCGUGUUUGGCAGAUUGCGUUUGGAAGCGGUUUUAAGUGUAACUCAGCCGUGUGGAAGUGUAACCGUACGAUUAAGACACCUAAGGACGGACCAUGGUCCGAUUGUAUCGACCGUUACCCUGUCUUUAUUCCCGAAGUUGUCAAACUCUAGACUGAAAACGUCUUUGGAGGGUUUAGUAAUGGUUUGAUUUCGUGUUACGGUUUAGGUUUAUUUGGUCUCGGGAUUUGGUUGAAAGAGGGGAUUGAGAAAUGGAAGUUAGAGAGAAGAAAAAGCGAAGCAUAAAUGUUUGUAUUUAAUUGCUCUGCAUAUACUUAAAUCUCUGCUUUUCAUUUGGGGUAUUUUUUAGUUUCUCGUGCUGUAAUUAAUAACUUGUGGUGUAUCAA